AGAACUACCUGAUGGCCUACACACUAGAUCCGGAGAACGAGCUCACCACACUGCUGCUAUCCAUCACGUUGCUACACCGAGUGAUGACUAAGAAUGUGCAGGAGAGGCAUCUGACGGCACUUGAUGCACUCGCUUAUUUCUACAAAUACUAUACCAAGAGGAAAGGGGACCAGGAGGCUUGCUAUAACCUGGCCCGGUUUUACCUACCAAUUGGGUAG